AUGUCACAAGUCAUAGAGCAAGACUUCUUUGGCGGGGCCAUUCGGGGUGUGGUGCCACAGAAAUGGAUUGACGCCAGCAAUCUCCGCGAAAUCCCAGACCACCAGGAACUAUUCCUCUCACCCGACACGCUGUCCAAUCUGAUCAUUGAGAUUAAUGAGCGUGUUUCCCAAGAAGAUGCUCUGAGCACCUUCGCCACUCUCUGCCAGCAACAGCCUUCACUAGCCGCAGACAGCGGAAGCACAGCUGGCACCACGACCGAGACGGUCAAUCAAGCAGCCGCCCUGUACCAUCUAUAUGAUAUUUGCGAAGAUGGCGAUGCUAUGCACGUAGUCGCGGCGCCACAGCGCGUGACUUUGGACCGGUUGCUCUCGAAUGCGCCGUCCAAGCCGUCCAUCAGUUCGUACAAAGGAAUUGUUGAGUUCAAGACCGCUUCCGGUCGUCGGGAUCAGCGAUUACCUGCUGCGAAAUCAGGUUCGACGGCUGCAGGCGUGUCUAUGAACGGGGGGUCGGCUAGUGCACCGGCUACCAAGACACUGACUUGCCACUUCCUUCUUGUGCGACUCGAAACACAGGAGACGGACUUGGUGACUUUCUUUAAUGUGCCACAUGAUGAGUUUGACAAGGAGGGCGAUGCGGGAGGUUUGUCGAAGGAGGAGACUUCUGCGGAGGAUAUUAUGAGAGCCAUGGAGGAGAAGCUUCAGAUCGUGGAUUGGGGGCUUUUCAUUUGA